AUGGCAGCGGCAGCAGCAGCAGCUGCGCAGCAGCAGCAACAAAAGCAGCAGCACUAUGAUGAAGAGGGGGAGAAGCAGCAGCACUAUGAAGAAGAGGGAGGGAAGCAGCAGCAGCACACGAGAAAAAAACAGCAGCACUAUGAUGAAGAGGGGGAGAAGCAGCAGCAGCGCACAAAAAAAAAGCAGCAGCAACAACAGCAGCAGCAGCAGCAACAGCGCCGCUACUACUCCUAG